AUGAUAUUUCAAACCCCAAACGGACAAAACGUUUUUCUUUCAACUUUUUUAGAAGGAGAGUUCCUCUACGGCUCACUUUACAUUUCCGUUUCAAAUAAGCGCUGCGAGUGUCAAGGCGUCAGGAUGGAGCUUAUUGGUGUGAUAGAGUCUGAUUCUCAGAAUUGUAAGAAGGAAUUCUUACGGAAGAGUAUUGACAUAUGUGCUUCACGUGUUUUUGAGAUAGGGGAUCACGUCCACUCAUUUACAUUUGGUCGAAUAGAUCGUUCUGAUGACACAGUGAAACGGUAUGACACCUACUUUGGUGUUAUUGGUCGUAUCAGAUAUUUUAUUCGGACGACAUUAACACGGACUUCGUUUUCGAAAACGGUCAAGGAUGUCGACAUAGCUAUAUUCUACAAUGCGCCACCCCCAUUUAAAAAGAGUUAUGAAGUGACUUUUGCUCAACCAGUUAUGAUGUCAUUUGGGAUAGUUUCGACGUGUUACAAUGUGAAUGAUGUUAUCCAUGGGAUGAUACGAGUCGAGAGUCCCAAUCCUUCGGUCAAUGUCUUUGAUGUGACUGAAAUGAAAUUAGUGAAAAAAGAGAUUUUUGUUGUCGAUAAGAACCAAGCAGAGAACGUCGAGACUGUUUGUUCAAUAGAUAUUUUACAAGGCGUCCCUGAGCCACAAGAACCCAUUUUGUUCAAUAUGAUUAUACCGACAGAGAAAGUGCCCGCUUCAUUCAAAACACAAGAAGGUUUUUUAUUAGCGUACUCCGUUAUAAUAUCAGUGAAGAAAGACGAGAAAGUGUUAGCGGAGAAUGAAAUGCCAUUAACUUUAUUAAAGACAAACACAAAUCCAAGAAUUGAGAGUAAAAGAAAGUAUACUCUUCUCGAGUGGAUCGAUGAGAAAACUCGUUUUGAUAAAUUAGAAGCUAUUGAUGUUGUGGAGGUGGGUCUUAUAAAUAAGGGUUUCGAUGUGUUUGAAAAUGUCGAAGAAAAAGACGACGAUGACACCAUUCGCAUCGCUCAGGAAGAACUCGACGAUGACUACAAACAGACAAAAACAAUCGAAUUCGAGUAA